ACUAAUGUUUGCCAGUUGCGAACUUGCGACUACCGUCUACCGUACCAGUCCUCCACUAUUCCCCAAAUCUUACCAAAUUGGUCCCAAAAAUUGAUGUUCAUGGCCAUAUUGAUCUCCAAAAACAACUGAUUUACCCAUAAUUUAAUGACCCUAAUCAACAAUCAUGUCAUCCAUCAACCAAUCUUCAUGGCUAUGUUCUCUUCAUACCACAAAAACCUUUCAACCCACCCCUUUUCGCCCCACAAACCCCAAAUUCAUCAAAUAUAAACCCCUUAAAUUCUCUUCUUUUGCUGUGUGCAAUUCCAAAGAUGAAUCGAAUAAAACAGAAGAAAGCUUAAAAGAAUCUAUACCAGACAGAGUUAAACUUGCACUUGAGGGAGCUAGAGGGUAUAAAAAAUCAUUGCAAUUGGGUAAAAAUCAAGAAAAUGGUAAAGACCCAGUUGGUGAAUCUGCUGGAAUUGUAAGUGAAUUUGGUGGGUAUCAGCAAAACAAAGGAAUUCUGGGUAAUGACAAAAUCAAUGUUGAAGAUGAGAAAUUUUCAGGGGAGGGGGAUAGUGGAGAAAAAGAGAUCCCUGAAGCUAUUAGAAGGGCGAUGGAGAAGGCAAAAGAGUACCAAAAGAACAAAGAAGUAGUGAGCAAUGGCAGAAGCAAUGUAGAGAGUGAAAAUCUACCAGAGUAUGGAGAUGGCGGAAGGGAAGUGGUCCCUGAUGCUGUCAGGCUUGCAAUGGAGAAAACCGCAGAGUAUGAUAAGAAUAAAGGAAAACCGGGUCAGGACAAAAGCAAUGAGGAGAUGGAGCAGUUGCGUGGUGAUGUAAUUGGUGGAGAUAUGGACCUUCCGGAAGCUGUUAGGAUGGCAAUGGCGAAAGCCAAAGAGUAUAAGAAGAACAAAGGAACCAUUGAAAACAAUAGUAGCAUUGUGGAAAAUUCAAAGCUGACAGGAUCAGAGGGAGGAAGUGCAAGUAAUUUGAGGAAGGGAAAUAUUGGACAGAACACUGAAAAUAAGGGAGACCUUAAAAUUUCUGGGAUUCAUUUCGUGGGCUUAAAUUUUGCGGACAAGAAGAAAAGUAGGGGACUGCCAGCUGGUCUGGUCCCAGUUGCAGACUCUUUUUCAGUUGAUGAUUUGCCUGAGGUGGAAAUUCUUGUUGGUGAUUCCAGCAAAUUCGGAAGUGCAACAUCCUCAGAAUCUAAUACAUCUCCACAAGAAGAAAAUUCUGAUCUUUAUAAGCCAAAGGUUACUACAUGGGGCGUGUUUCCAAGGCCCAAUGACAUUUCCAAAACGUUUGGCGGUGGUAGGACUAUUCGCCCUGGAGAAGAACUUGAAAGUCCGGAGGAUAGAGCUGCUAAAGAAGCUCGAUCCCGGCAAUUAGUUGCUGCUUACAAGCGUAAGAUGGGAUAUAAUAUGGACCCUAAGCUAAGAGCAGAAUGUGAGAAGGCAUUGGAAGACGGUGACUCCCUGAUGGAUGUAGGAAGGCUGAAGGACGCACUACCGUAUUAUCAAACAGUUAUGGAUAAGUUGUCCUUCCAGACUAAGCUUCAUGGUUUGGCUGCAUUGCAAUGGUCAAUUUGUCAAGAUUCACUUAAUAGGACAGAAGAAGCUCGAGUUAUGUAUGAGAAGCUUCAGUCACACCCUGCUGCUGAAGUGAGCAAAAAGGCAAGACAGUUCAUAUUUAGCUUCGAGGCCAUGGAGAUGAUGAAAGUUAGAUCAAGUGCUCCACCCAAGAACAUUGGUUAUGAGAGCUACUUCGAAGCUUUUGUUGAAGAUAAAGAAGAUUAUAACUUAGGAAGCGCUGAAGAGAAGGAUGAUGCUCUUUAUCAAGCUUUUCUGUAUGUCGUCUUCCUCACGUCUCCCAUAUUACUUGUACUACUACUGGUAGCCAUAAAAGGCCAUAGAUUUUAAUUUCUGACCAUGCCAAAACAAGUCCUCUGAUGGUUCCUCUUCUUGUAAAUCUUUGUCUCUUUUAUACCUAUCGUGAACGAAGAAGUAAGUUAUUUGUCACUGCCUAUGCUAGGAUCAGCUGGGCAAUCUGUAUGUCCUCCGCAAACCACAGUUGAAGCUUACUAUGAUGUUUAUAGUUUACAAUUUAUAACUGUAAUUCCUGUCGAAUUCUUACUAUAUUGUUUUAUAGUACUUGUUUUCUGAUGCAA